AUGUUUGCCCAGGCACUUGAUAUGGAUCAAUCAAUUGAUAUUCUUCUCGCAAAUGCUUGUCAAGGAGAUGACAACCUACGGUCAGUAGCAGAAGGCAAACUAAAGCAGCUCCAUGAUCUUGACCUUUCCAACUUCCUCCUAGGUUUAUCAUCUCAGCUCUUGAGGGAGGAGACUCCAGAAGAGUCUAGCAUACUUGCUGGUAUCAUCCUUAAGAACUCCUUGGACUCAGGGGAGCCUGCACUCGACGAUCUAGGGAGUCGAAAAUGGCUCAGCCUCGAUCCAUCUAUCCAAUCACAGAUUAAGGAGAACUUGCUCCUGACUCUAGAAUCCAAUUGUGAUUCAAGGCGCCGCUCAUCAAAAAUUAUUGCAAAAGUUAUUGCAUGGGUUGCAUGCAUUGAGAUACCAAGGAAUCAAUGGGAGGAGCUCAUUGGCAAAUUGGUGGGGAACAUGUCAAUGCCAUCUUCUUCCCUAAAGCAAGCAACUCUAGAGGUGCUCGAGUAUGUCUUCGAGGAGAGCCCUUAUGUUCUGAAGGAGGAUCAAGUGGAUGCUGUUCUCGCUAGUGUCAUCAAUGAAGUGAAAAUGGAGGAGGGAGGAGAGCCAAGUUCUCAAGUUCGUCUCGCAGCUCUUAAAGCUCUACUCAACAUUCUUAAGUUUAUUGAGCUUGCUAAGCUUGAAGAGGAAAGUGGCAGCAGUUCUAUAGUGGCUGCAGUUUGUGAUGGUGCCUCUCGAUCCAAGGAAACCAAGAUCAAAGAGGCGGCAUUUGAGUGCCUUGUUGUAGUUGCAUCCAGAUAUCAUACCAAAUUAUUACCCCACAUGGAAAUCAUAGUGAGUCUUACAGUGGAAGCUUUGAAAGUGAAAGAAGAUGAAGAAUCACUCAGAGUCCAAUGUAUUGAGUUGUGGAACACUAUUUGCCGAAAAGAGAUUAAUUGCCGAGAAGAAGAAGAAGAAGAAGAUGAAGAAGAAGAUGAAGAAGAAGAAGAAGAAGAAGGAGGAGGAGGAGGAGGAGGAGGAGACUCUAUCUUUAUUGGUCAUCUUUGUUCAUUUGUUCAACCUCUCCUAGAAGCUUACAUGGAAAAAGAGAAAAACUUGGAAAAAGAGAAAAAAGAACAAGAAGUCGUUUCCAUGAGUGUAGAAGAAGAGGGAGAAGAAGAGGGAGAUGAUAAUUUAGAGGACAUGGACAUUUCCGUGAGUGCAGAACAAGAGGGAGUAAACCUUGACGACAUCUGGGAACAAGUGGAAGAUGAGAGUGUGCAAGACAUUUUCAUGACAUGCCUAGGCCUGGCCACUAGAACUAUGAAGGAUAAAGUUGUCCCCCUUGUGAUGAAAUUUGUUCAUGAGAAUAUCAAUGGGCCUAGUCGCAUGAUGGCCAUUUAUCCAUUAGGUUUUAUCCUUGAAGGUCCCUCUGUUAAUCAACUUGCUCCUGUAGUUCCUUUAUUGGUUCGCAUGAUGGAAGAUCCUCAGGAAGGUGAAGGUGUAAGAGGGAGGGCUGCAUGGAUUCUUGGACGGGUGUUUGAGCUUGUGGGAGCAAAUAGAAUCAUAAAAAAUGAGGUGGUGGACUUUCCUAGGAUCAUGACACUCUUAAUAAAGAUGAGCAAAGAUGUCCCUCAAGUGUCCAUUGAAGUGUAUGGAGCUAUAUAUUUUCUUGCAAGAGGUUAUAGAGAGGAUGCAAAGUCCACGUCCAAGUCAUCUGAGCUUACACCUUUUGUUAAGCCUCUUAUUGAUGCCCUCCUUUCUGCUUCAGAACUUGUUAAGGAGACCCCUUUUAGGAUUCCACCAUGUGCAUCUACUUAUAAAGCAUUGAGUGAGAUCGUGAGAGUGAGCAACAUUGAAGAACUAGAAAUUUGUGAUGCUCUUAUUGGAUUAAUGUCUCAAAUCUUCAGGAGGUUGAGCACUGUGGUUAAAGGUCAUGGUGAAGCAAUGUCAUCAGAUGAGAGGAAGAACCGUGGCCUUCUUGAGGUCUUGCAUUGUGGUCUACUUGAACUCUCAAUGAAGCAGCUGGGCACGAGCAACUUCGAGGUGGAGGCAGCAUUCACACUUAGGGACUCUGCUAGCUGUUUAUUGCUCCUUUGUGCCGUGUCUUAA